AUGCAAUUAUCACAUCUCAUUUUUGCCGCUGCCACAGCCGGGUUCGUUGUUGCAGCGCCGGUUACCACCAGUCCCGACCCAAAUAACUUCAGUAUCCUUGGCUCCGUCAUCUUCGGCCGCCACAACGAUCGUGUGAUUAAGCCUGCAAAGAUCCUCACUCCGCUCGGCUCGAAGAACCAGUUCAACGCUGGGAACUACUAUCGCCAGCGCUACUUUGGGUAUGACGGUGCGACGCCCGUCGAGACCAACCGCAAGCUCCCUGGGGCGAACCCUUACGGCGUCUACAUCGCCGGGGACAUCUACACCGAAUCGAUCACGUCGCUGCAGCCCAUUUACUUCCUGCACGUGGCCUUUCUUCAGGGACUCUACCCGCCCACGGUCGAGAUCGACAAAGUGCAACUGCUCAAUAACCUCAUGAACGCAAACUUGAGUGACGGAACCGCGGUGUCUGCGCCUCUCGGCGGGUACCAGUACGUGCAACUGAACCUACUUGCGGACGGCGCGCCAGAUGAGAUCUGGACUAAUGGUGCGAGUGGGUGUCCGGUGUUUACCAAUGCCACCAACUUGGUACUUACAUCUGACGCUUUCAAACAGGUCAACGCGUCUACGUGGGACUUCUACCAGUCGCUCUACGACUUACUUCCGAACUUGGAGGACGGCAGCGACGACGUCAAGGAGUUUUCCAAGUGGCAGUUGAACUUUGGCAAUGCCGAAGCCGUCCAGGAUUUUAUCAACGUCAACUCCAUCCACAACGAAACCCUUGCCAAGAACUGGAACCUGUCGCUCAUCCAACAAGUUUCGGUGUUGAACGACCGCUACCAGUGGAUGAUUGCACAUGCGGAUGACGCGGCGCUUCUGCAACAGCUUGCGAUCGGCGCGCGCGCAUUGUUGGGACAUGUGAGCGUCUUGCUCAAUUCAUCUGCGACCGCUAAACCCCAUCUCAACUACCUCACUGGCAGUUUUAACGUGAUGUACCAGCUCUACGGCUUGAUGAAAAUGGACUCUCAAUCGGUUAAUUUCACGGGAAUGCCGGCCUACGGUGCCCAAAAUGUCUGGGAGUUGCUUGUGGAUAAUAAUACAAAUUCAACCUACGUCCAGUUCUUGUUCCGUAAUGGCACUGGCGACGAAGUUCCGUUGACCGCCUGGCCGAUGUUUGGCUCCAGCAGCAACUUUAUGCUCUGGGAUGACUUUAUGCUGAACGUGGCAAAUGUUAAUGGCAUUUCCAGUUUGGACAAUUGGUGUGAUGUCUGCUCGUCCAAUGAGAAUUUCUGUGUGCCGUAUUCCGACACCUACGAGGAUGCCGUAGACUUGGUCCAUAAUGGAGUUAAUUUGACGGCUGUGGAGAAGGGCGACUACCGUACAUUGGGUAUUCUGAAGGGCUUGAGUAACGUUAGUGCUGGGGGUAUUGGCGCUGGUGUGACCUUGGGCGUUGUGGCGCUUCUCGCCGUGCUUGCAUGGGUUGUGAGGGGAGUUAUUGGAAAACCCGUGCCAAAGGAUACCCCAGUUGCGUUGAACGAUUUGUAUUCCGACAGGGGUGUGGGAGGUAGCACUAACGGAGAGAGUUUGGUGAGUAACAACGAGCAUAGUAUGUUAAAGGAGGCGGAGAGUCACGGGGAAGGUGGGAUCCAAUUACUCGAUUAG